AACCGUUGAUAUAUCUGGCUGUGUACAUACCGUCCAUAAAUAUUAAUUUAGAGAUAUCACGUCUGAAUAAAAUUGCUGUUUGAUUAGAAAUUAAAAAUAUGAGGCCUUUUAGUGACAAUCAACCUUUCCGUGAUUUAAACAAAAUCUUUCCUGAUUAUGAGCAACAAUGACUCCAAUAUCAGCGACGUUUCGAAUGCCCUUUUUUUAUGCAUUGAACAGGCAGAAACAUCAACCAACAUCAGCGCGAAUCCAUGGCAGCUUAUCAACUGCUUCCGAGGACCACAAAUGCAGGAUUUGGGCAUCGCCGUAGCAGUCACUGUGAUCAACGGUAUCAUUUUAUUUACGGGAUUAUUAGGAAAUAUUUUUGUUUGUGUUGUGAUUAUUAGACAUAAGUCGUUGCACAGUACCACAGAGUACUAUUUACUUAAUCUGGCUGUGUCAGAUCUCACUCUUCUAAUUUUUGGUCUUCCGUAUGAUGUCACGCUAUUUUGGCAUCAAUAUCCUUGGACUUUGGGAGAUUUCUUUUGUAAAACUAGAGCACUUAUAUCAGAAACAGCCUCCUAUGUUUCUGUGUUAACAGUGGUCGCAUUUUCUACAGAACGAUAUUUAGCGAUUUGCCAUCCAUUGUACACAAUGGUAAUAACAAACCUACAACGCUCGUUGAGGAUAAUAUCCGGCUUAUGGACGAUAUCGCUUUUAUGUGCCAUACCAUUUGCCUAUUAUAGUGGAGUGGAUUUUAUUUCCUAUCCAUUCGAUUCUGACAAUAUUAUUCCCCAAUCAGCGUUUUGUGCCAUGACUUCACAACCGGAAUAUAUACCAUUGGCUGAAAUAAGUACUAUAAUAUUCUUCUUUUUGCCACUGGCGAUAAUAAUCUUCCAGUACAUUAAAAUGGGAAUGGUGAUAAGGGAGACAACGAAGAAAGGAUACUUUUACGAAGAGGAAGGAACUGGAGCAGUCACUAUAAGAAAUAAUCGCCAGAUUAGGCAUAGGCACAACGUUAUUAAGAUGCUUUCUUAUGUUGUCUUUGGAUUCUUUAUCAGCUGGUGUCCCUUUCACACGCAAAGGAUACUUUCAAUCUACCUCAACAACCACUCUCACUUCGACGAACUAAACUACUGGCUGUAUAUUACUGCUGGUGUAUUCUACUAUUCUUCUUCAACACUGAACCCAAUACUGUACAAUGUGAUGUCGGAAAAGAUGAGAAAUGCUUUCAAAGAAGUCAUAUGCGGUUGGAAGAUUGAUCCUAGGUCCUCGAGAGCUAGUUUUGUUAAGAGUGAUACUAGCUACUUAAAUACUAACAGAGAAACAUAUAAUUCUGUGUCACAAAUUAAAGAAGAAGACAAACUGCAAUUAGUUAAGAAGAAUCGAAUUAAAUAGUAUUGAUAUGUGCACUUUGAAAAUAAAUUUUUUUAUAUACC